AUGAGGCAGCAGUCGCCUCUGCAGCAGCAGCAGCAACAGCAGCGCCUGCAGCAGCAGCGGCGGUUGCGCCACCUCGUUGCCGUGCUACUUGUGCUGCUGCUGCUGCUGCUGUCAAGGCACCAGCAGCAGCAGCAGCAGCAACUCCUGUUGCUGUCUUGCGCUGCACACACCGUGAUUCCUACACAGCAAACCCCCCGCCUCUCUUUUGUUGCUGUUCCUUGGCUGCAGCAACAGCAGCAACAUCAGCUGCUGCUGCAGCAGCAGCAGCAGCAGCACUGGCGUGCAUUUGCAGCAACACAACGACAGCCACACAGGGACCCUCACAUAGGACAGCCACCCCCAUCAGCAUCAGCAACAACAGCAACAGCAACUGCAGCAGCAGCAACUGCAGCAGCAGAAGCAGCAGCAGCAGAUGGUGUUGGUGGCCCAUUAUACUUGUCAAAUUUGCCCCCAGGGCAUUUCAAAGGGAAGCGCCUUCUUGCCGGCCUUCAGCCUUCCGGUUCGCUGCAUAUAGGGCACCUGCUGUCGACUCUGUUGCCGCUGCAGCAGCAGCAGCAGCAAGGGGCUCUGACGCGGCUGCUGCUGUGCGACACGCACGCGCUGUACACCCGCGAAGGGCGUCCCUACAGCAGCAGGAGCAGCAGCAGCAGCAGCAACGAUAUUAGCAGCAGCUCCAUUGAGGCUCUAGCGCUCGCGAUGGCCUGCGGUAUCCGCCCCUUGAGUCUUGUACAGAAGGAAAGGCAGCAGCAGCAGCAGCAGCAACAGCAGCAGCAGCAGCAGCAGGGUGGCACAUUGGUGCUGCUGCAGAGCUUAGCCCCUUCUCACGCGCAGCUGGCGGCCUGGCUUCAGAGUAUUGUGCCUCUAAAUUGGGUGAUGCGCUGCAGUGCUGCGCGCGAGGCAUUUGAAGCCCCCGGCUUUAAUUCGUCGGUUGGCAGUUUCUUAUAUCCUCUUCAAAUGGCUGCAGAUAUUCUGCUGCAUGCAGCAGAAUAUGUAUUAGUGGGUUUAGAUCAGGAGCAACACCUGGAAUUCACACGAGCUGUAGCACGUCGGGUGUACGUACACCUGAGAGCAGCGCAUGCAGAGGCCCCUUCUUCUUCCUAUAAUGCCACCCCACAGGGGGGCCCCCUCACUGCUGCUAAACCCCCGCCGCUGUGGGGGGCCCCCGGGCUAAACAAUGGGGGCCCCCAGGGCCUCUUAGCAUCUCCUCUUGCUGCUCGCAUUUGCUGCUUGCGGCAGCCUCAAACAAAAAUGAGUAAAUCAGCGCCGUCUGCUGCCGGACGUCUUCAACUCACAGACCCCCCCGAAACAAUUGCAAAAAAACUCGCAAAAGCUGUCACUGACAACUUGCCAGGUGCAUACACACCCCACACUGCUCGGCAGCAGAUGCUGCAGCAACAGAUGCAGCAGCAAGAAAAGCAGCAGCAAGAGAGGCAGCGCCAAGAGCAGCAGCAAGAGCCGCAGCAGCAACUGCACUGCAACAGCGGCAGCAACUGA